GAAACCGGGGUGGGGGGUGUCUCGCCAUGCGGUACAACGAGCGGGAGCUGCUGUCCCUGGCCCGGCAGCCCGCCGAGAAGGCGGCCGAGAUCUUGAUGCGGGUGCCCAAGAAGGGGAGCGUGUUAAAGAAACGCCUGGUGAAGCUUGUUGUCAACUUUCUCUUCUACUUCCGGACAGAUGAAGCGGAGCCCAUUGGAGCUCUGCUGCUGGAGCACUGCCGGAUCACCAAAGAGGAGGAGAACGUCUUCUCCAUCAGUUUUGUUGAGGAGCCGGAGAGGAAAUACUGCUUUGAAUGCGACAGUGAAGAGCAGUGUCAGGAGUGGAUUGAGGCACUCAAGCGAGCCAGCUAUGAGUUCAUGAGGAGGAGCUUGAUUUUCUACCGGAAUGAGAUCCAGAAAAUGACAGGGAAGGACCCCCUGGAGCAGUACGGGAUCUCCGAGGAAGCCCGCUUCCAGCUGGGAACGCGCAAGCAGUAAUCCCCUCGCCUGGGCUGAACUGGCUUCUGGCCCCAGGGUCACCCCCCCAGGCCCUACCCCGGGACGAACAGCCACAGUUCCCCGCAGCAGUGACCAAGUGACUUUCUAAUUUAUUAGCCAAAUAAUUUUGUACUAUUUUUUUAAAGGGAAUUCACUGCACAUUCCCACUUGCCCCAGCUGUGGCAGCAGCCAGUUUUAACUGCUCCCUGCAGACCGUGCCCCGGCGCUGACGCCGCGCUGCUGCGGCACUGGGAGUAAAGCCACCCUGGCUCCAAGGGAGCAGGGGCGGCAGGGACUGAACAGAGCUCCUGUCCCCCUCACCUGGAGCUUCUGGGACAGGCCCUGCGCCAGCUCUAGCCCUCCUCUUCCUCCCUGUCCCACUCUUGCAGGGAGCUACUCAGCUUUUCUGGCCCAGGAUCUCCCUGCAGUCUCCAAGGGAGCCGUGGAGGGUUCGUCCCCUUGCUGUGAGAGGAUGCUCCGACUGAUUGCAUGUCUGUGCUUGCAGGGUUAACCCAGUCAUUCCCUCUCCAGUUUAUUGCUGAGACCUGCUAGCAGAGCCCUGACAGCCCAGCUGCUGAGCAAGGAGUAGGAGGCCUUCCCUUAUCACCAGGAGAGCUCAACCACAGCUCCCGCUGAUGGGAGCGGGCAUCCACUCCUCCGUGUCCAGGCAGCAGAGUCUCUGCAGCCACUAGCACCCGCUUCCUGGGGUUGUUUUCCUUCCCCCUUCUCUGGGCAGGUGGUGCUAAUUCCUAGAGCCUUGAUGAAGCCGGUGCUACAGCCCAUCAGAGCACUCACAGACGCAUUGGAGAACAAAGCUGCGAAGCACAAGGGAGCAGAGACAGGGCUGAGGGCUCUGUGUGGUCAUCCUGCCUCCCUCUGCAAUGCUGCGGGCUGGGUGAAGCUGUGCAGUUAGUGGCUUCCCAGAGAGGAAAGCCAGAUGGAGAGGUUUGUAAAGACAGGAACUGCUCCACUUGGGUUGGAUGUUUGAGCUUCAGGGCACGCAGAAGUUAAGCCCAAGUUGCAUUUAACAGCCGGGCGUUACCACUUCAUUCCCUGAGCCAUUGCUGCAGCUGCUCUCCCCUUUGUGAGUGUCCAAAGGGAAAGACCAGAAAACUGCCAAGGUCAGGGGGAGCUGCCGGGGGACAAGGGCUGCCUUCCCUGCAGCUCCUGUAAUAGAGGGAGAAACAUGAAGAAACAGCAUCUCUCCUCUUAAGCCGUGGCUCUGGCUGCACCCAGGAAAACUGCCCAGAGCUGGGGGAGGGAAAUCCACUCCCCACACCUGCACCCAGGGCUUCAGGAGCCCCACUUUGUUUGGCUGCAGCAGCUCCCCUGGAACUAGACCAGGAGAACCUCCAGGAAAGGCCCCCGGGAAGGUCCCAGGUAAUGUCAUCAGACAGUUGAUGACAGAAGGAACUCGAGUUGCUGCUGGGGCAGGUGAAUGCAGCGCAGGGGCUUGGCCUGAGCUGCGGGGGGUUGCAGCUCCGGGCUGCGCCGGCGGGAGCGCGGCGAGGUGGAGCAGCCUGGGCUGUGAGCUGGGCUUGAAGGGAAGAUUUGGGUCUCCUCCUCCCUGGGGGGGAAUGAAUGCCAAAACAAGAGCCCAAAUGGCAAGCUUUAGUGGCCUGGCCUUCCGUCUUUACCUCACGCUGCUGGGUACCAGGAGAGUAGCAGAUGUCACCGAUGCUUUAUUUUUAACCUCAAAGCCAAGACUGUUCCUUUCCCUCCCCAGUUACUCCCAUUCCCUUCAAACAUUCCAGGUGCUUGCUCCAGCAAUUACCAAAAUAAGCAGAGGGGCAGCUGCCCUGUGUGAUAAGCUGAGGGCAUGAGAGGGUGGAAGCAGACAAGAGGGCUGUUCUGAAGACAGAUGGCAACUCUAGUGGACGCAGCAAUGAGGGAUUAAAAGCAGGAACAGACGAGAGCUCGUGCUUUAGGGAAUUAGUGUCCUCAGAUGACUUUAAAGUGCAUUUUAAUCCUGACAAGCCUACUCUGCUUUACCUCAGUGCAGGGGCAUGUUCCUGACGUGCUAGGGAGGGCCACAGCAGCUUUAUUACUGUGAAAAAGAGACUUUGGUUGCUGGAGGGGAGAGGUGGGGACACUCCAGGCUCAGCAGCAGAAUAACCAGAGCUGAGCGGCGGCCGCCGUUCCCUCGGCUUCCCCAGCUCCUGCCAGCCCCUCGCGGAGGCAGAACGGCCCCGUCCGGACUCAGCCCCCCAGGGUUCAGCAUUAGGGAAUCCUUCCGUAGGUGAAGUCAACCCCUAUAGAAACAAACCCCCCCUGGAAUUCUGCCCACGUUCAAUCAUUUCUAGGCAACAAAAUUGAAGCGAGGCUCAGGGUGCCUGGCAGUAGCUGACCCCCCCCGCGCCCCUGUGCCUGCCAGGACUAUCCCGCGUCCUCCUGACACGCCUUCCAGCAGGUAGAGCUGACGGCCACCGGCUGCACUGUACAUAGAACGGGCAUUUUAUUUAGAUGUUACGGGGAACAGUAUUUAAGAGGCAACCAUGACAUUUCUUAACUGAAUGUAAAACAAAUGCUGUGAAGAGUUACACGGGCCAGCCAGGCCCAGUAGCGGAGAUCGAUUUCCAGACUAGCACUAGGACACUGGGUUAGGUUUCAGGAGUAAAGGCAGAUGGUACUUCUAGACACUUUGAAAUCUGCAUCAAUCGCUGGUGAUUUGUUCACUUUUCAUACUCCAGUCCUCAUGCUUUCUGUAUUUCAGGGGCCUUUUCCAGCAAGCGCUGCGUACAGGCUCCCUGAAAGUGUACCGAAGCCAUUUAGCCGUCGUAUAGUGAACGUUUCCAAUAAAAACUUGUUUUAAUCUU